AUGGCGGACUCUGCAUCAUUCAGAGACGAAGUCUCGGAUCCAUGGGCCCAGAGACGCAAAAGUGUGGAUUUAUUGCCCCCAAGAAUGUCUGAAAGUCCUACAGAGCUAAGGAUUGUGCUGCUCGGCAAGAAUGGCUCUGAGAAGAGUGUUGUUGGGAACUUCAUCCUGGAAAUGGGGGCAUUUGAUCCCAUCUAUGAACAAAGUCGCUGUGUGAGAGUCGUGGGUCAGGUGGAGCGAAGAAGCAUAGCUGUGAUCAACACUCCAGACCUGUUAGAUCCUCACAUCUCACUUGACAAACUCUCAGAGGAACUGCAUUGGUGUGUCACUCUGUCUGACCCGGGACCUCAUGUGUUCCUGUUGGUGCUGCAGCCUGAGGAGUUCACACAGCAAGAGGGAGACAGAAUCAGGAAAAUCCUAAACACCCUCAGUGAGCGGUCCUUUGACUACUCAAUGGUUCUGACAACUCAUGAAGACAAGAGGGAACACAUGGCUGAGGAUCACCCUCUGAAUCAGAUGGUCAGAGCCUGUAGAGGGAGGCAGCACCUCAUGCACCUCCGCGACCACACUCAACUUAUAGCAGAUGUUGACAAGAUUGUAAAGGAGAAUGGAGGAGACUAUCUCACCUGUGAUGUAUUUGAAGAUGCUACAAGUGACAUGGUUCAAGGCAAAGAGGAAAUCCACAGGAGUAAAACUGAUGGAAGUCUCAAAUCUUCCUCUGAGGAAGAACUUGGAAAGGCUGUUUUGGAACAAGGAGCUUCAGUACAAUGGUACAAUUUUGAUACAUUUACAGAAGUUGGGUUGACAUUCCUUAAGGGAAAAGUGGAGGAGCAGUCAUGGAGUGGAGAAAAAUGUGUGUCUCCACUCAGGAUAGUGUUGCUGGGGAGGAGUGACGACAAGAAAAAAACAGUGGGUAACAUGAUCCUACAGCAAGGGGCUUUUCCAGGAAUAGGCCUCUGCUGUCCAGACUUCUUUGCUCUGUCUGUGGAGUCCCUGAUGCAGGAGAUGGAGAAAUGUAUGUCCCUCUCUGCUCCUGGGCCUCAUGGGAUCCUGCUUGUGUUGAAGCCUGAGGAGUUCACAGAGGAGAACAGAAACACAUUCAAGUUGAUCCUGAGCAUAUUUGGUAAAGAGGCCUUCAAGCACUCAAUGGUGAUCAUUACUCACGAGGGAGUCACGGGAAAUCCUCAUCUGAGACAAAUGAUCAAAGACUGUGGAGGAAGGCAUCAUGAAAUGUACAAACAAGGAAGUGACCACAAAAGUUAA